CAAGAUAAUACCUACUAUAUCGUAUUACAUAUCAUACCCUAACUCUCGUCGCCCAAUUUCUCCCUUUCCAAUUGCUAACUGGCGCUGGCCCCGCCCUCGCGGCGGACUCCCGACGAACCCACCAUGCCACCAUCUAAUCACGAUAUCGAGAUGAACAUAUUCCCCAUCAAAGAGGAUUCUCUUGCGCAGGGGAGCAGCUACACGAUGCGCGAGCCCCUGUACGAAGAGACGUCACCACCGCGAUUCUUUGAUCGCCUAGUCGACGGGUUCCGAAGAGAUCCAAACCAGCGCGUCACCCCGGAAGAUCCUCUAGACGAGAUCCACGCCGCCGAAGUCGCCCAGUUGCACCGGCCUAUUCUAGGCGGUAACGGAUCGCCGCGCCCGCACUCUUACGAUGUGCGGCUAGCCAAUUUACAAACUGCGCAGUCGCAUCUCGCGAGGAAGCUAAAAGGUCGCCAUCUGCAGAUGAUCGCUAUAGGAGGUUCUAUUGGUACCGGCCUAUUCGUCGCUUCAGGUCGCGCCCUCGAAGUUGGUGGCCCGGCUUCGUUGCUUGUCGCCUAUCUCUUCAUAGGAUGCAUGUUGUAUUGCACAGUCCAAGCCCUCGGCGAGCUUGCCGUCUGCUUCCCAGUCGCAGGAUCCUUCUCCGCCUAUUCUACACGCUUUCUCGACCCUUCUUGGGGAUUUGCCAUGGGCUGGAAUUACGCUUUACAAUGGUUGGUCGCACUGCCACUCGAAAUUAUCGCGGCAUCUAUUACCAUAACGUAUUGGAACCCCGACCUAAACAAAGCAAUUUUCGUCACCAUAUUCUUGAUCGCCGUUGUCGCGAUUAAUCUAUUUGGUGUUAAGGGUUAUGGUGAGGCCGAAUUCGUCUUCGCUAUCAUCAAGGUUAUCGCGGUUAUCGGCUUCAUCUUGCUUGGAAUUGUCUUGAAUAUUGGAGGCGUACCGGGCGGCGGAUAUAUAGGGGGUCUAUAUUGGCGGGACCCCGGCGCCUUUCACAACGGCUUUAAAGGUCUCUGCAGUGUCUUUGUCACAGCUGCUUUUGCUUUUGCCGGGACAGAACUAGUCGGGCUCGCCGCGGCCGAAACGGCGAACCCGCGCAAAUCGCUCCCGACAGCUAUCAAGCAGGUGUUCUGGCGAAUAACUUUGUUCUAUAUCGUAGCUCUGUUUCUCAUCGGAUUGCUUGUGCCGUACGAUGACCCACGUCUACUCAUCCCGGGAUCGGCGUCCGCGGCCGCAUCUCCCUUCGUCAUUGCCAUCGAGAAUGCAGGUAUCGAUGUCCUCCCGUCGGUGAUGAAUGUCGUCAUCUUGAUCGCCGUCCUGUCUGUCGGGAAUUCCUCCGUCUUCGGUUCCUCACGAACCCUUGCCGCCUUAGCCGAUCAGAACCAAGCACCAAGGAUCUUGUCCUACGUUGAUCGUCGGGGGCGGCCUUUGGUCUCCAUCAUAAUCGCAUCAUCCAUGGGUCUCCUCGCCUACCUCGCCGAUCUCAAACAGCAAGGCGUCGUGCUGGAUUGGCUUGUCGCUAUAUCUGGAUUAUCCUCCAUCUUCACUUGGUCGUCUAUCUGCCUGGCGCAUAUCCGGUUCCGUCGAGCUUGGGCACAGAAGGGCCAUAGCCUGCGCGAGCUAGCGUUUAAGUCCCAGUGCGGCGUGUUCGGCUCGUACCUGGGCUUGCUCUUCAAUAUACUGGUGUUGGUGGCCCAAUUCUGGGUCGGCGCGUGGCCCGUCGACUGGGAACAGCAAUCCUCUGGCGAAUUGGCCAAGAACUUCUUUCUGCAGUACAUGGCUGUCCCGGUAGUCGUCGUCUUCUACCUCGCGCACCGCCUUUACGCCCGCACGAGCUUCAUAAAGACUGCCGACAUGGACAUCGACACCGGACGUCGAGAUUUCAACCUACCGAUCUUGCUCGCGCAGGAGGCCGAGGAGCGCAGGGGCUGGCCGAAGUGGAAAAGGUUUUAUAGAUUUUUCUGUUAGGGUAUCCCUUUUCUUGUGCAUUUCCUCACUCGAGAUUACCCAGGUUAAGAUAGAGUUGUUGCAUAUAAGCGGGAAGAGUGCUAGAGGUCUGGUUGGGUUGGGCUGGAUAAUUAGAGAGGGAAAUUUUCUGGAUUUGUACGACGAUACUAUUGGAGCGAGGCGUUCGGUUCCCGUAUCAAUUAGGCCUCGGUGCGUUCUUAGGACGUUUUACAUCCUCUUAAUUUAAGGACACAAUUGAUACCCCUUUAGUUGUCGGAGGAGUC